UUUCAGUUUAGCAUCGGCAUUUGAGUUUUUCCGGAAUCGAACACCAAACGAGUUCAUUUGUUUAAAGUUUUGUGUGUGUUGCGGAGGCGAGGUGAAAAUUAUUUUUUCAAUCAAACACAUAAUUGGAAUUAAAAUACUGACGCAUCUUCCAUUUCCCUUUAAAAAGAAUAUAUCCAAAUAUAAGCACAUAUAAAGCCUAAAACAAUGGCCCAAGAAGCAGAUAUUCCCACAUUUAAAUGCGUCCUAGUCGGUGAUGGUGGUACUGGUAAAACUACAUUCGUCAAACGUCACAUGACCGGAGAAUUCGAAAAGAAAUACGUUGCUACACUCGGCGUAGAAGUGCAUCCGCUCAUAUUUCAUACUAAUCGAGGAGCAAUCCGCUUCAAUGUAUGGGACACUGCUGGUCAGGAGAAAUUCGGCGGAUUGCGCGAUGGUUACUACAUUCAAGGUCAAUGUGCCAUCAUUAUGUUUGAUGUAACGUCGCGUGUCACAUACAAAAACGUGCCCAACUGGCAUCGAGAUUUGGUCAGAGUUUGCGAAAACAUCCCAAUUGUACUUUGUGGCAACAAAGUCGAUAUUAAGGAUCGUAAGGUCAAAGCCAAGAGUAUUGUAUUCCACAGAAAAAAGAACUUACAGUACUACGACAUCUCAGCCAAGUCAAAUUACAACUUCGAAAAGCCAUUCCUUUGGCUAGCCCGCAAGCUGGUCGGUGAUCCAAACCUAGAAUUCGUGGCUAUGCCAGCGUUGCUGCCACCAGAAGUUAAAAUGGACAAAGAUUGGCAGUUGCAGAUCGAGCGUGAUUUACAAGAAGCACAAGAGACUGCAUUGCCCGAGGAGGAUGAAGAUUUGUAAAACCUUCUUAUGUCCAUCCCCGCCCAAUUAUUCAAACAAAAAGAAAAAUUAAGAACUAAACAUCGCAAUUAGCAUGAAAUAAUAAAAAUCUUUUUUCAUUUGUCUGGAA